AUUCCAUAUAAUAAUAUACAGUUCAGGGAAACAGCAUGGAUUCAACGAGUACAGUGAUCUGAUUGGGGCAGUUUUUACUUCAGGUUGCCCAUUUGGUGAAUCUUGCCACUUCCUGCACUAUAUACCAGGGGGUCUCAGUUCGUUGGGUCUAAGUCCUGUAGUAUCUCUCUCAGCUGCUUCAGCUACUGCUUCUCAGAGGAAACAGAUGGGGCCCAUGGGGGACCCAACUGGCAUGGUUAGUGGCUACAAAACAAAGCUUUGCAACAGGUACAACACUCCUGAGGGUUGCAGGUUUGGUGACAAAUGUCAUUUUGCGCAUGGGGAGAAAGAUCUGCGGCCGCCGAACAGUCAUUCUCGAGGGAACAUCCCACGAGGUCUUCCUGGAUUCAAUGGUGGGGACUCUAGCUUCACAAACUCAGAUACGGUGGGAAGUUCGAACUUCAAUUCUCAAGGCUAUGGUGAGCCAAACCCACCCGAUGUUGCAGUUAUUGAUGGUUCUGCUAACUAUGCAGCUGGUCCGGCUGGUGAAAAUGUACAGGUGUAUUAA